AUGUGAACAGCAAUGAACUUCCUCCUCAUUCAAAGCUACAUGCUGAGAGAAACAUGAAUGAGAAACAUGCUCACCUCAAAUAAUGAGUGGAAUAUUUCUUUUGCUGGUUGUGGAUUUUUGGGAAUUUAUUAUUUUGGAGUGUACAGUUCUCUGUUGGAACGGGCUCACCACAUAAUAAAAAAUACCAGUAAAAUUUGUGGCGCUUCAUCAGGAGCGCUGAUAGCAGCUAUGAUAGCAUGUCAAAUGUCACCAGCAAAGUGCUGUGAAAAUCUGAUGGCAAUAGCCAAAGAGGCUCGAAAAGGCACACUGAGCUCCAUGCAUCCCUCCUUUAAUCUGUUGAAGUUAACCAGACAGCUUCUGGUCCGAGAGCUGCCUGAUAAUGCUCACCUCCUUGCCAGUGGGAAACUGUGUGUUUCGCUAACACGUCUUUCAGAUGGGAAGAAUGUGCUGGUGUCUGAGUUCAACAGCAAGGAUGAUCUCAUCCAGGCUUUAUUUUGUAGCUGUUUUUUCCCCUUGUACUGUGGAGUGGUGCCACCUAGUUAUCAUGGCACUCGCUAUAUAGAUGGUGCUUUGAGUGAUAGUGCUCCAUAUUCCAGUCUGAAGAACACCAUCUCUGUCUCGCCCUUCUCUGGUGAAAGUGACAUCUGUCCAUAUGACAACCCAGUCUACUGUCAAGAAGUGAGACAUUGCAAUAUGAGCCUUAACGUCAACUUGGCUAACGUGCACCGUGUUAUCCAAGCAUUUUUCCCACCAGAACCUGAGGUUAUGGCAGAGAUUUGUCACAACGGAUACAAAGAUGCGCUCAUGUUUCUGAAGGAAAAUGAUCUCUUAGAAAAGGACUCAUUUAUGACUGAACUUAUAAUAAGUCACAGACAGGAUAACUGUCCCUGGUUCAAUACACACAACUACACAUGGCAAGAUGGUCACAGAGAACCCAGACGAACUGGAUCAAUGCAUGGACAGAGCUGUGUGCUGGAUGAACAGGAGAUUAACCUGCUGCCUGUGUCCAUCCAAAAAGUCUUAUGUGAAGCUAGUAUGAAGAAACAUAGAUGGAUGAGUGAACUGUUUGCAGUGAAGUUGGUCACAUCCAUACUGAUGGUGUGUAUUUUGCCUGUAGAGGUCGUCUACUCCAUGCUGCUAAGAUCUGCUGGCUGUGUGUUGGAGAUGGUGUCUGAUCUUUUGUGGCUGUGGGAAGUCACCUCGCAGAUGAAAGCAUUAGUGUGGAUGAAACUGUCCUGUAAAAGCAUACCACCACUGAAGGUUUCAACUCUACAUCCCUAGUCUAUCUAACCAGGUCAUGGGCAUUCCAGUCUCAUCAAUGUCCACACCUGUUCCUGCUCAGGCUCAUUUUGUAACUUUUCUUUCACAUUUUUUGGAUCAUGUGUGACAAUGCAAAUGUUCUAGAAAAGGAACAACAACAAAAAAAGAAACAUUUACAAAUGUACACACGGAUUCUUGUUAAUAGAGAGUUUUUUUUUUCAUAGUAAGGUAAUUGUAAUGACAAAUAAAGGAAUAAUUGUUCUACAGAAUAUUACACUUGAAUAAGUUACACAUGCUACUCCUGAGAUACUAGUGAUCCUGACCCGUUCUGCUCUCCGGAACUACCUGAUCCAUUCUGAUGCCCUACUUCUGGUUGGGGUUCUCAUCACUUGGAAAUCACUCACUGUUCCUGAGGAUGGCCCCACAUGGACAUCCUGAAGAUACGGGUGCAUCUCAAAAAAGUUAAUAUCGUGGAAAAGUAAAUUUUUUCCAUAAUUUAAUUCACAAAGGGGAACUUUCAUAUAUUCUGCAUUCAUUACACAUAAAAGGAAAUAUUUCAAGCCUUUUUUGUUUGUUUGUUUUAAUCCUGAUGAUUACAGCUUACAGCUCAUGGAAAUCAAAAAUCCAGUAUCUCAAAAUGUUAGAAUAAUAUUGAAUUGAAUUUAAUUGAAUAAAAUUUUAAUAGAGAAAAUGUAAUGUUUACAAUAAGAGUAACAAAAUAGCACCAAGAGUGUUUUAUAUAAACAGUAAAACCACAGUAAAUCAAAGCUUUAAAAUUCACACAGUACCAUGCGUCAUUAAAACUGUGUUUUACAGUACUUGAGAAGGCGGUGUGACCGUCUUUGACAUUUGAAUUUGUAAUUUCAUGUCAGAGGAAACAACUACUACACAAAUACCAAUAAAUACCACCAGUAGUCAUGUGAUUGUAUCAGUAUAAUCUUUUAGAACUACACGUUGAAGGAUUAUGGUGAUGUCUUUGCUUUGAUUAAAAAUAUUUUAAUGAUUUCACCUAUGCUCAUCAAUAUGUGUAACUAAUAUUUGGCUAUGUUAAUAAAGUACAAUCAAUAUGUAUAACCAACAUUUACAAUUAUUACUUAGAAGCAUAAUCUAAUCAUCAAUAUUAGUUAACAAGCAUAAUCUAUAAUAAAUAUUUAGAAGCAUAAUUUAACACCAUAGAACACUUUUUAAUCAAGUUACAGUCUAAGUGUGUACUGAGUUAGAGGAACUCUGUGUCUUACUGCACAGUAAUUGUUUUUCUGUGUCAUCCUGUACCUUUCUGCACAGCAAUACAUUGGCAUUAGACAGACAUUCACUGAAACUGCUUUGAAGCUUGCAAACCAGUAUCAGGCUGAGGUAAGGCCUAAAGUGUUGGUCUGGGAUGAAAGCCAGAAAAUCAUUAAGGUAGGAAGUGAAUUGGGUGAGAGCCAGAGAUUCAUUAAGGUGUAGACUUGAAUUUGGGACAGGGCAAAAAAAAAAAAACCAUGUCCUUAUAAAACCUUUCUAAAAAAGCAACUAACUGCGCAUGCUCCAUAAAUCUAAGAUAUCAUAUAGACAUGAAAAAUUGAUUGUGACGAAGAAGACUGUUCUGUUUUUUAAUGAGAAAAGUUAAAACCCCGCCUAAGAUGAGUCCGCUGUGCAGAAAGAUAUAUAUAUAUAUAUAUAUA